CCAUUACGCAGAUAUUGGAGGUCAACCACGCGUCGCCAGGUCGUGGCUUGAUUACACGAAUGAAUCCGACGCUCCCACCUGCUGAGAAAUAAACCUCACGUUGCCGCACGGCACACUGAAGGGGACCCGACGAAUUUAGAGGCUCGUUCAGAUUCAUCAGAGGACAAGAGAAGAGGACGUUGCUCCUCGAGGAGCGGUGCCCGCCUGCGUCAUGGCUACGCAGACGCCUCCCGGCACUGUCCGGUUAACGGCGAGGAGAGACUCGACCACCAAGAUCAUCUUCCACCCGAAGCCUACAGACGACUACGAUGACCCGCUGAACUGGUCAAGCGGGCGGAAAGCCCUGCACUACUCGGUCGUUCUUUUCUACAUCAUAGUAACAUGGCUGAUCCUUCACGCCGACCGUGGGGCCUGGACGGAGCUGCAGCAGGACCUGAAGCUGAGCAACACGGACAUGGCCGUGGCCACCACUCUUCAGUACGCGGGCCUCGGCCUGACGGGCAUCGGCUUCAUCCCGCUUGCCUACCGUUUCGGCCGACGGCCCAUCUUCUUGCUCAGCGUGGCGAUCCAGUUCGGGGCCGCCGUGGGGUCCGCCGUCAUAUCCGACAAGGUAGGGAACCUGGUCACGACGACGCUGAUCGGCGUCGGGGCAUCCAUCGCCAUGACCAUUGUGCCCAUGACGAUUGCGGACCUGUUCUUCGUGCACCAGUUCGCGACCAUGAGCGGGCUCUUCAUGUUCGCGCAGAGCGUGGGGGCGUUCCUGGGCCCCCUGGUUGCCGGGUUCUUGGUCGACCGCGCGAGCUGGCGAUGGAUGAGGUGCGGCAACGCCAUCGCCCUGGCCGUCAACUUCGUCCUGGUGCUGUUCCUGCUGGAGGAGUCGACCUUUGUCCCCAACACGAGGUGCCACUCCGACAUCAAGACCAGGGCCAGAGAGCCCGAGGCGUUUUACAACAGGCCGUAUAUCCUAUUCACGGACAGCGAGGAGCCCAUGGACAUUGUCGAUAUGAACCGCCUCAUGAACGUCACGCCCCGCCACGCGCGGAAGCCGAGCCUCGACCUGCCCCCCGAGCCCAAGUCACUGAGGGAGCGCUUUGCCCCGAUCACCAACACCCAGAGGCCCAUCAAGGAGCGCUUUCUGGCGCCGUUUGUCAUCCUCGUCAGCUUUCCCGCCGUGGCGUACACGGCGGUCACGUACGGCGGGUCCAUGGCGUGGCUCGAGAUGAUGCAGUACAUCAUGAUGACGAGGCUGGACAAGCCCCCCUACAACUACACCACGCAAGAGAUUGGGGUGUACAACCUGGCCCCCUUUCUUGGCCAUCUCCUCGGCAGUCUGCUGGUGGCGCCGCUCAGCGACCUCUGGGUGGUGCGGCUCGCGAACAGGAACGGCGGCAUCUAUCACCCCGAGAUGCGGCUGUGGGUUACUCUGCCUGCUGCCGUUUUCAUCUGCGGCGGGAUGCUCUUGUUUGGCAUCGGUAUCGCCCGGGGGAUCCCUUGCUUUUGGCCCACCCUGGGGUUCGCGAUGUUUGCCUUUGGCCUCAGCAUAAGUCUGUCCAUCGCGGUCGCAUAUCUCAUCGACUGCUACCACAACAUGAUUGGCGAUGCCUUCGUCGGUGUGGCAGUCGUGCGCAACGCCCUCGGCGCGGCCGCCUCCAUCGGCAUCAUCCCCUGGCUGGAUGGCAUGGGGCUCCAAAACGUCUUCAUUCUGGGCACGGCGCUCUCGCCGCUCGUCCUCGGGAUACCGGUCGUUUUGCUCUUCUGGGGGCGGAAGCUCCGCGGCCUCACUGCCGACAAGUAUCGGCAUUACUCUCUCGCGGCCAUCCCUCCAGUUAACAUGAAGGAUAUGUGUGUGCAGUGAGCGGCACGGGUACGGCACACUUCGUCACGGACGGCUUGGGCGGAGGACCACUGUUUAUUUACACGGAGUCAUGUAGCGCUGGGGUGAAUACUUUUCGAAUGUAUAGUUAGGCGCGCGCAUAGUGUUAUCAUAGACUAGAUACCAUACAUGUAGAACUUUUUAGCCAAG